AUGAAUCAACCUCAGCCUUUAAUACCUCAAACUGCUAAUAUCCCUCUAAAUUCAUCUUUUGAUAAUCUUACUGCUAAACAAAAAUAUGAAAUUUUAACUAAAGGUACUAUUGACUUGUUCGGUAGUGCACAAGAAAUAGAGAACCAGACAGCUCCUCAAUUUCCGACUGAUAUUCUUUCUGGAGGUGGUUUGCUUGGUCUAGAAGCUGCCAAGGCUUUGAAGGAUUUGAAUUUAGAUGUGACGAUGAUUGAAAUGGCACCAGUCUACAAAAAA